AUGAAUGUCAAUACCAAUCUGAUACAGUUCUCACCUUGGGAAGAUGCGAUUAUACUACUCGCCAUCGACUCUAUACGUCAGGGGGAAUUGCUGAUGGAUACUAGGGGCAUACCGAAGCAAGAAGAUCGAGGCAUUUGCGGAAUUUUGUGUAUCAUAAGAACAUGGACAACAUUCAUCCACACAGAAAAGUCCACUGACUUGGAAUCCAUUCGGUUGCGAUCCCAUCGAAUCCGUUAUGGUUCCUUGCGCGGUGCGUUUGACUUGGAGUCUGCUUGGACUAGACACUCUGACCUGCAAGCGAAUUAUGAGGCUCAAAUCGAUGCUAUUUCUGCACUGAACUCCCAGGUUCUACCAUUGAAGCCCCAAAUGGAGAAGGAAAUUCCCAUAAUUAUCUGUCAUUCACAAUCAGAUCCAUUGAUCGGAGCCAAAAAUGAGGAAUUUUCUUUGGACAAAUCUUAUACGGGUGAGGGAACAUUGGGUCGAUAUAAAACACGAUUCUUCUUGCCGGAUUUUGAGAGUGAUAUGAAAUUCAUUGGCAUUAAUAAAGCACAAGUAAUGAGGCGAGACUUGAAAGGCAGGCCAAAGAAAGAAUCAAACGAAUUUGAACAAAAAGGCCCUAAGAAUGUAUAA